AGCGGAGGCGCAGGAAUUGCACAGUCCGCGUCAGCGCAGCGCGAGCACAGGUCAUGCUCACAGCGCUCCCGGGCUCCAGACACACACGCACGGCGAGCGAGGCCAGCGGCACGGCCGACAGCGGCGUCAACACUCGCGCGGCGAGCAGCGGCAGCGGCGGCGGCAUCGACAGCAGCGUGCGCACCGAGCGAGAGAGCGGCGCCGCGUCCGGCAAGACCCCCAGCAGCAGCAGCGGCGCGCUCCCGCCGUGCGAUCCGCUCCGCCAGGCGCUGCGGCUGCCCAUCAGGGUGCUCACCAUGCUGACGGCACGCGCCGGGCACAUCCUGCACGCCGAGUACCUGCAGCCGCUCCCCUCCACGCCCGUCAGCCCCAUAGAGUUGGACGCCAAGAAGAGCCCUCUGGCUCUGCUGGCGCAGACGUGCUCGCAGAUCGGCAAGCCCGAGGCGCCGCCCAAUAAACUCGGCGGCGUCUCAGGCGGCGGCGGAGGCGGUGGCGGCUCGGACAAGGAGACGCCCGCCAAGAGCGGCCCGCUGCGGCUGAGCGACAUCGGCGGCGAGGACAAGUCGAGCUUCAAGCCCUACGCCAAGGGCCUGGAGAAGGGCAAGGACGACGGCGGGGGAGGAGGAGGAGGUGGCGGCGGCGGUGGCGGCGGCGGUGGCGAGAAGCCCGGAUUCCGCGUGCCCAGCGCCACCUGCCAGCCCUUCACCCCGCGGCCCGGCAGCGCCAGCUCGGCCGCCGCCUCCUCCUCGUCGCCCAAGCCCCAAGGCGACCCCAAGGCGGCCGGGGAGGGCGCGCAGGACAAGAAGGAGAGCGGCGAGCAGCAGGGCAAGAGCGCGGCCGACGGCUCCUCUUCCGCCUCCUCCUCCUCCUCGUCCUCCUCCUCUUCGUCCUCCUCGUUGUUGUCGUCGUCGUCCAACGCGGGGGCGAGCGUGAGCCACAACCGCAUCAGCGUGAGCUGCGCGGGCAUCAACGUGGAGGUCAACCAGGAGACGUGUCUCAGCGGAAAGGGCGGCGGCGGCGGCGGGGGGGGCCCCGGAGACGCGUCUGGGCUGGGGGGCCCCGCUCACGUGGCGUCCGUGUCCCCCUACAAGGGCGGCCAGACCGUGUUCCCGCUGCCGCCCGUCAGCAUGGGCUACGGCGCGUCCCUGUCGGGCUCGUACGCGGGUUACCCGCCGCACUUCCUGCCGCACGGCCUCUCCCUGGACCCGGGCAAGAGCGCGCUGGGCAGCGCGCUGGGCUGCAGCAUGCCCGGCCGCGGCCCCGCGGGCGCCUCGCCCCUCGCCGGCGCCUCCCCGCCCUCUCUGCUGGGCGGCCUCUGCAGGGACCCCUACUGCCUGAGCUACCACAGCGCGGCGCACCUGGCGGGCACCACGGCCGUGUGCGGCUCCUCGCACGCCGAGCAGAACGCGCUCAAGAACGCCUACCCGCUCAUGUACCCGCCGCACCACAUGCAGUCGGCCGGCCUGCACACGCUCGCCACGCACCCGCUCUACCCCUACAGCUUCAUGCUGCCCAACGAGGCGGCGCCGCACGUGUGCAACUGGGUGUCCGCCAACGGGCCCUGCGACAAGCGCUUCUCCUCCUCCGAGGAGCUGCUCAGCCACCUGCGCAGCCACACGGCGCUGCCUGGCGCCGACAAACUCCUGGGCGGCUACCACAGCGCGGCCGCCGCGGCCGCCGCCGCCGCCUGCCACAUGCACAUGCCCUCGGCUCACGGCGGCGGCCUGGCGCUGCGCUCGCCGCACACGCUGGGCCUGAGCCGCUACCACCCGUACGCCAAGGCGCCCCUGGGGGGUCCCGUGGCGCCCCCCGUCACGGCGAUGCCCGUGCCCGCGUCCGGACCCUACUACUCGCCCUACGCAUUCUACGGGCAGAGGCUCGCCACGGCGUCCGCGCUCGGCUACCAGUGACGGGGCCCCGCGAUGCACCAGGCAACGAGUCCGUCCGUUCCUCGGCCCGUGGUGCCCCCCACUCCACCAACCUCGCGAGGCCAGCCCAAACACCCCCCCCCCCGUCAACCCCCUCUCCCUCACCGCCCCCCCCCUUCCACGUGGGGGGGGGGGAGAACUAUAAUUUAUUGCCGAUAGCUCCAAGCACCGCGCGGGCGGGCAGUGUGUACAUAGAGGCGCGGCGUGACGGCGCGCAUUUGUUACGAGUCAAAUGUUCGGGUUACCACCGUUACCUGCUCGGGUUUCCAUUUACCUGGCCAGGUUAUCAGUCACCUGUUCGGGUUCUGUUGGGUAUAAAAAAAAGUUACCUGUUCCGGGGAAAUGGGGGGAGGACGGGCGGGGAAAGGGGGGCAGCGCUUUUUUCCGAAGAAAAUUAUUGCAUGGCUGUUAAUAUUACGCCAUUUUUGUUUGACUUUAUGAAAAAAAUAUUAAUAAUGGUAAUAGUAAUGAUAUCAAUAAUGGAUGAUGAUGAUAACGAUGAAGAUGAUGAUGAUGAAGAUGAUGAUCCGGUUUCCAUUUGCGCGAGGCGCCCGAUGCGGCCUGCAUGUUCGCACGCAGCGCGUCUGAUGUCGUGUAAAUUUAAUCAGCUCUAUUUUAUUAUUAAAUGUACAAAGUGUAAAUUCCUGUCUCAUGAUUACUUUUGCUAAAAAAAAAAGAGAAAAAUACAGAGGAUCUUAAUAAAUAAUUGAGCUUAA